AUGACGGUUAAGAAGCGACCAUCCGAUCUAUCGAGCCUUGAAAGGUUCAACCUUUACUAUCGAGAGAAGGAAUCACCUCUCACUAGCAGCCAGAAGAUCAAGCGCUUCAUCUGGAACCCGAAGUCUAGGCAGUUCUGUGGAAGAACUGGUGCGAGCUGGUCCAAAAUAGCAUUAUUCUACUUCACCUUUUACGCGGCGCUGGCUCUUCUAGUAGCGAUAUGCAUGUGGACCUUCCUCCAAAUGCUGGACGCCCGUCAGCCCCGGUGGCAGCUAGACAGUUCCAUUAUCGGGACGAACCCAGGUCUCGGCUUCAGACCGACACCGCCAGAGGUCGCCAGUAGUGUCGUCUGGUAUCGAGGAAACGAUCCGGGCAGCUAUCAGUUGUGGGUCAAGGAGUUGUCCACUUUUUUGAAAGCUUACAAACGUGACGGCAAAAAAACGAGUGCCGGUCAAAAUAUCCACAAUUGUGACUUUAAACUACCGCCACCUGCCGGCAAAGUCUGCGACGUAGAUAUCAGCGCAUGGGGUCCUUGCGUUGAGGAGAAUAACUUCGCAUACCACAAGUCAACACCGUGCGUCUUUCUAAAGCUGAACAAAAUCUUCGCAUGGAAGCCGGCCUUCUAUAACAGCUCGGACAGCUUGCCCGAAGCGAUGCCAGACGAUCUCAAGGACCACAUCAAAAAUAUGACUGCGUACGAUAAAAAUUAUUUAAACAUGGUGUGGGUGUCAUGCCAAGGCGAAAAUCCAGCUGACCGGGAGAACAUUGGGCCAAUCCAAUACUUGCCUUACAGGGGAUUUCCGGGAUAUUAUUUCCCAUACACGAACCAGGAAGGUUAUCUGAGCCCAUUAGUUGCAGUGCACUUGCAGAGACCAAAGACCGGAAUGCUCAUAAACAUAGAAUGCAGAGCUUGGGCCCACAACAUCAUGUACGACCGCGGGGAAGGCAUGGGCUCAGUGCAUAUAGAGAUUAUGGUCGAAUAA